AACAGAGCUUAAAGUAAAAAGGAGCUGGAUUAUUUAAAGAUAUUUUAAAAAAAUGAUUCCAGGAUUUCGUCUUUUAUUAAUUACAGUCGUAUUCAUUUGUGCCAUUAUUCAAGGGGUCAUAGGUCAACAUUGUGGUUCAAAGAAAGAGGUGGAGUUUGCUAGAAUACCGGAACUCAACACUCUGUUGUCUUUGGAAGAGUUCGACACCCAUGUCGUAGGUCGGGAGAUGAGUGAGGUGUAUUAUGCACUGCCAAGACCUGCACCGUAUAUUCCGGAUAUUAAUUACAAAACAACUAUAACUAAAGACCCGGGCAGUUCACAAUAUACACUGGCGUCAAAAGGAGAGACACCGACAGCAAAUCCAACAUGUGCAUCUGGAAGUGUUUCUUUAACUCCUGUAUACAGUAUAAACAGGGCGUUGUUCUUUCUGACAAAUACCGCGAUACAAGUCACGUGGUCAAGUUGUCCUACAAAGUACAUACUGUACAUGCGAUGUGCGAACUAUAAGUUUGGUCAGAAGAAAUGUUUGAUUAAAGACACAGUUUUCAGUGUUUAUAUACAUGGUAAUAUGAAUGAUGCACCAAUCACUGAAAUUAUAGAAGAUCUGUGCCGAGCUACGGGAGUAAAGUUUGGUUCCCCUAGCUUAGAAUGGUACUUUUCAUUCGGAGAAAAUAGGGUCAUAGGUCAACAAUGUGGUUCAAAGAAAGAGGUGGCGUAUGCUAGAAUACCGGAACUCAACACUCUGUUGUCUUUGGAAGAGUUCGACACCCAU